UUUGUCACACGUAUAAUAAUCUGCAUUUGCAGAAUUUCAUCUAGCUCCCUCGUUAAUCAUGAAGUCAUUUCAUAAUCUUAUCAGAACCCAACCUCUGAUGAAAUUCAUUUUAGUCUCCUCUUCACUUUGUGCCAUUUCUCUAUCUAUAUCUAUGCUAAUCUUAGCCACACCAAAGAUAGUAGAAGUGGGUUCCUCACUACAAGAUGUGCCUGAUCCUAACACUAUUGAUCAUCUUGUGUUUGGAAUUGCUUCAAGUGGAACUUCAUGGCCUAAAAGGAAGGAAUACACCAAACUUUGGUGGACCUUGAAACCCAAUAAAAGAAUGAGAGGGUGUGCUUUUGUGGAUACCCUCCCACGUGAAGAAAAUCCCAACAAUGAUGGUUUGCUUCCUCCUCUUUGUGUCUCUGAAGACACUUCCAAGUUUCUCUACACUUACAGGCCUGGUGGUCUAAGAUCAGCAAUCCGUGUGGCACGUGUUGUGAAAGAGACUUUGGCAUUGAACCAUUCUGGUGUUAGAUGGUAUGUGUUUGGAGAUGAUGACACCAUUUUCUUCCCUCAGAAUCUGGUGAAAACUCUUUCCAAAUAUGAUCAUAGGCUUUGGUACUAUGUCGGGUCUUACUCUGAGAUUUAUGAGGCAUCCCAGGGUUUUGGUUUUGGAAUGGCUUUUGGUGGAGGUGGUUUUGCCAUCAGUUCCUCUCUAGCAAAAGUCCUAGCCAAGUUUUUGGAUUCAUGUUUAGAAAGGUAUCCACAUUUGUAUGGAAGUGAUGCCAGGGUGUACUCUUGCAUAACUGAACUAGGUGUGGGAUUAACGCAUGAACCAGGUUUUCAUCAGGUUGAUUUACGGGGAAAUAUUUUUGGCCUAUUGGCUGCACAUCCAUUAAGCCCCUUGUUAUCACUACAUCACCCAGAUCACACUGAUCCUAUCUUUCCUAACAUGACAAUUAGAAACUCUCUACAACAUUUAUUUGAGGCGGUUAAUGUUGAUUCCGAGAGGAUCCUUCAACAAACAGUUUGCUAUGAAAGGCAGUUUUCAUGGACAAUUUCAGUGUCAUGGGGCUAUGCUGUUCAAAUAUUCCAGAACAAUUUGCUUUUGCCAGAUGUUUUGAGAGCGGAAGAAACAUUCAAGCAAUGGAAGAAAGGAAAUGUUUUGGCAGGGAUAUAUACUUUCAAUACAAGAAAACUUCACCCUGAUCCAUGUAAAAGACCCACUAUUUUCUAUCUAGACAAAGUGUCUUCUGGCAAAGAUGGCAUCAUUAGCAGUUACAGAAAAUAUUUUCAUAAUUGCUCAAAUAACAAGGACUCACUAAAGAAAUUGGAAGUGAUCAAAGUGGUCACAAAUAAGUUAGACCUUGACAGCGAACAGUUGCAGACUCCAAGAAGGCACUGUUGUGAUGUGUUGCCCUCUACCGCUGAUGACUUAAUGGAAAUUGCAAUCAGAGAGUGCAAAAAUGAAGAACUGAUUCACAUGCACUGAAACCCAC